AUUCGUCGCAAUUCAAUAUACCCUUUAAUUGCAAUAUCAUCAAGCAAUCCUUGGCUAGAAAUACGUUUAAUUUGCGAUUCUAUAGACCUCAAAAAUAAUGAACGUUUAUCAAAUGAUUCUACUGAAAUAUUCAAUAACGAUGAAAUAUGUGAAAUAAAUCAAGAUGAAAUGCUUGAAAUAGACGAGAGCAUUAGAGAAACUGAGCAAAAGCAUGCACAAUU